AUGUACGCUAUAGGCAGUGCUGUUGAGUUGGCCCUUCAGCACAGGCUUCCGAGGGCUCUUAUUGUGUCCGACUCGCUCAGUGUACUGGAGGCUCUCAAGCGUGGAAAAUUUAAUUCCGGCACAGACCCGAUCACUUUGAGGACCUGUCAGCUUUUUCACGAAGCCACAACUGUGGGGACUGUCAUUAAGUGCCUCUGGAUACCUUCUCACUCAUAUAUUCAUGGCAAUGACAUAGCCGAUAUUCUGGCCAAUGAAGGUAGAUAUUCAGGAGAUCCUCCAAAUAUCCCUGCCGGUCCUCAAGAACUAUGGCCUCGUUUUGGAAAAGAACUCAAACACAGCUGGACAGCUGAAUUCUUUGACAUCUGCGCACAUAAGGCACAUGUUUAUGCGACAUUUUACGAUGGCAGUGCGCUGUCCAAUACCUCAUGGUUCAAUAAGGUCGAUCGACCACGACGCUUUAUCUCCACUAUUCUGCGACUGAGAUCCGGUCAUUGCUUAACACCACAUUAUCUUCACAGAAUGGGUCUCAGAGAUUCCGACUCUUGCGACUGCGGGGUUACAGGGGACAUUGUCCACGUUUUCUUCGGUUGUUCAGAGAAUUUCAGCGCCAGCGCUGAACUAUAUGCUGCACUUUCCUCGCAUAGGUUUCCUUUGCCAAUUAAUAUAUAUGAGGCUAUUUUCAGUGAUAGACUUGAUGUGCUGGACCUAUUGAUAGAGUUUCUUGUUAAAUGUAGAAUAGCGCUGUAGUGAGCAUGCUUAAUCAGCUUAGAUUAAUACCUGUGUUUUUGACCCAUGUCGCUUACCCACCACCCUUUUUUUUCCCCUUUACCCCACCGCUUACAGAUACAGUAGCAUAGAGUUAAAGAUAGAACUGUUAUACCACAAUCUUAUAA